AUGGGGGACUGGAACUUCCUGGGCGGGAUCUUGGAGGAAGUCCACAUCCACUCCACCAUGGUGGGGAAGAUCUGGCUGACCAUCCUCUUCAUCUUCCGCAUGCUGGUGCUGGGCGUGGCGGCGGAGGACGUGUGGAACGACGAGCAGUCGCACUUCAUCUGCAACACGGAGCAGCCAGGCUGCCGCAACGUGUGCUACGACCGCGCCUUCCCCGUCUCGCUCAUCCGCUACUGGGUGCUGCAGGUCAUCUUCGUGUCGGCGCCCUCGCUGGUCUACAUGGGCCACGCCCUCUACCAGCUGCGGGCGCUGGAGAAGGAGCGGCAGCGCAAGAAAGUCCAGCUCCGGCGUGAGCUGGAGGCGCUGGAGCCGGAGCUGGCGGAGGUCCGGCGCAGGCUGGAGCGUGAGCUCCGUCAGCUGGAGCAGAGCAGGCUCAACAAGGCGCCCCUGAGGGGCUCGCUCCUGCGCACCUACGUGGUGCACAUCCUGACGCGCUCCGCCGUGGAGGUGGGCUUCAUGCUGGGCCAGUACCUGCUCUACGGCUUCCGGCUGGAGCCGCUCUACAAGUGCGAGCGGGAGCCCUGCCCCAACGCCGUGGACUGCUUCGUCUCGCGGCCCACGGAGAAGAGCGUCUUCAUGGUGUUCAUGCAGUGCAUCGCCGCCGUCUCGCUCUUCCUCAACAUCCUGGAGAUCCUGCACCUGGGCUACAAGAAGCUCAAGAAGGGACUCCUGGACUACUACCCGCACUUGAGGGACGACCUGGACGAGUACUGCGUCAGCAGGUCCAAGAAGAACUCUGUGGUGCCGCAGGUGUGCACCGGCCGUAAGGGCACCAUCCCGACCGCGCCAAGUGGCUACACCCUCCUGCUGGAGAGGCAGGGGAACGGCCCCACCUACCCCAUCCUGGACACCUCCUCCACCUUCAUCCCCAUCCAGGUCGACCCUGGCUUCAAGACGGGCCUAGACGUCCUCAAGGAGGCGCUGCCCAGCCCCACUGAGCCCAACAACAACUCCAACAACACCAGCAGCGAGACGACGCGGUCGCCGCCCGCGGACAAGCAGGGCGACUCGGAGGAGCACCCAAGCAGCGAGCCCCAGGAGCCCGCGGCCCUCAUGCACUCCGCCCUGCCGGCGGACUCCUCCUCUUGCCCCACGCUCCUUGUCAGCAUGGGCAGGAGGCCCCGGAGGGUCAGCGCCCCCUGGAACUGCUCCACGGUGGAGGAGAGCAACAGCUCUGACGGAGAGGGCUUUGGAGUGGGCGCUCUAAAGACCCGCUGCAGCUUCGCCGCGGGCCGGGCCAGGGCCGCCUCUAAGCCCGACCUCAAGAGGCUGAGCCGGUCCCAGAGCCCGGACUCAAUCGGAGGGCUGAGCUCCGAGUCUAGGCCCAGUCACAACGGCGACAGCCCGCAACCCUUCCCUUCCAACCGCCGAAUGUCAUUGGCAAGUAGCGGCAGCAGCAGGCGAGCCCCCAGCGACCUGCAGAUCUGA